AAUCAAACCUUCCGUGUUUGUUUCCAACUGAACAAGCACCUCAUUCGCUGACGCCCUUCGUUUCUGGCAAGCUCUCCCCGAUUUAGCAGGUGCAUGCUUGCGCGUCGCCAGCUUGCUGGCCGUUAUGAAUCACAGCGCAGUGUGGAAGCCACGCCACCCUUCGUCUGGUUGGCGCUUGACGCAGUAUGCAAGAACAGACUGUUCUUGGGCGGAUAGAAGGGGCACCUACUUUAUAUCCAAGCUAGGUAGUGCCUAGUUAUGCAUAAGACAAACGCAGAGCUCGGUUUCAUGCUCCCUAACAUACAAACUGCACGACCUUGGGAUGCCAUUUCUUGUAAACGACUUUCCACCGUCAAGGAAUUUGUUUCUGCGAUUCUGAGCCUAAACCCGAAGCUUCAGCAGUCCUCUGAGCUUCCGUUUUUGCCUACAAGUUUGACCAGGUAAUAUUAUCAUUUCCUCAUAUUUUUCCUUUUUGGUUCCUAUGGAUGAACUAACGGAGUCUUCCCAGCCGAGAAUCGCGAGCGAUGGUGACAGCAGUCCGAUUCCGUAUGGGUGCAUGAUCUGGUGGCGGGCGAGUGCGAAACCAGCCAUGGCUCGCAGGCCGAAUGCGAAAACAGCGCGACGUCGCGCGACUGUGUCGCUCGACAUGGAUUCGGAAUGGGGUCUGUCGCACGAAUCGACUCAGCUCGAAUCGCCACCAAGCCUGCGACGCGGCCGAUCAUCGGACUACGACGCCCCGAGGAGCUGCUUGUUGUGGCCUACGACUCCCCGCCCCCCUGCGAACCGCCACGUGUCGUUCUACGCGUUGGUUCGCGUGCGUGAAAUUCCUCGCCGCGAGAUUCCCGCCGCCACCACCACCGCCGCUGCCACAGAAGGUCCACCUGCCGCGUCAGCUACGACCGGCGCGGCUGAUUUCGCCUCCCAGGAGUCCUUCCCGUUGCCACCCGCCAUCGACAGCAAUACCGGCCGCUCUCGGCGACGGGAUUCGCCAUUUAUCGGCACACGCAGGGACAUGCGAGAACCAACGUGGGAUUACGAAAGCGUGGAACACGAGACGGACGAGGCGCGUUCGCUGCGGCGUGAAAGAUUAUGGUCAGGUUCGGGGGAGGGAGUGCACUGCCUCGCGGCAGGAGGCGAUUAGUGGAUGAGUAUCGUACUCCCACAGCACUUCUGCAGAGAUAAAAGGCUCAUUUCAGGGCAUGAAGACCCCACACGAGCUGCAUACUUGAUUUUGGUUUCCGAUUGUUAGUUUCUGAAUGCAAUUUUACAAAUUAAAUAGCUCGCUCAGUUAUUUUGGGCCGAAGGAUAAUAAGUCGGCAUUCAGUUU